GGGAGACUGGCACCCGGGAGGCCUGGGUCCCUGAGAAACAUGGCGGCCGGAUGGGAGCGUCACCCUAGUCUCAUUGCAGGUUGGUCAGUUCCACUGCUCUGGGUGCCUUGAUUAGAAACUGAGGAUUUGGAGAGAGCUUCCAUCUGGAGAACACAAACUGAGGGAAAGUUUCCUUAAAAAAGCAGCUAGAAAGAUGGCUGCUUAUAGAGAACUGGACAUCCAGAUCACUUGAUCACUGCUCAACAGUGGCUCUGCUGGGGGCAGUGCAUGACUAUAUGAAGGAAGAGGAAGGUUUUCCUGAAGAUGAGGCGACUGAAUCGGAAAAAAACCUUAAGUUUGGUGAAAGAGUUGGAUGCCUUUCCGAAGGUUCCUGAAAGCUAUGUAGAGACCUCGGCCAGUGGGGGGACAGUUUCUCUAAUAGCAUUUACCACUAUGGCUUUAUUAACCAUCAUGGAAUUUUCAGUAUAUCAAGAUACAUGGAUGAAGUAUGAAUAUGAAGUAGACAAAGACUUUUCUAGCAAACUGAGGAUAAAUAUAGAUAUUACUGUUGCCAUGAAGUGUCAGUAUAUUGGAGCAGAUGUAUUGGAUUUAGCAGAAACAAUGGUUGCAUCUGCAGAUGGUCUAGUUUAUGAACCAACAUUGUUUGAUCUUUCACCACAGCAGAAAGAGUGGCAGAGGAUGUUACAGCUGAUUCAGAGUCGGCUGCAAGAAGAACAUUCACUGCAAGAUGUGAUAUUUAAAAGUGCAUUUAAAAGCUCAUCAACAGCACUGCCACCUAGGGAGGAUAACCCAUCAGAGCCCCCCGACGCCUGCAGGAUCCACGGUCAUCUGUAUGUCAACAAAGUUGCAGGGAACUUCCACAUAACUGUGGGCAAAGCCAUCCCGCACCCCCGAGGCCACGCUCACCUGGCGGCACUCGUCAACCACGAAUCUUACAACUUUUCUCACAGAAUAGAUCACUUGUCUUUUGGAGAGCUUGUUCCAGGAAUUAUCAAUCCAUUAGAUGGAACUGAAAAAAUAGCUGUAGAUCACAACCAGAUGUUCCAAUAUUUUAUUACAGUUGUGCCAACAAAACUACACACAUAUAAAAUUUCAGCAGACACCCAUCAGUUUUCUGUGACAGAAAGGGAACGUGUCAUCAACCACGCAGCGGGCAGCCACGGUGUCUCCGGCAUCUUUAUCAAGUACGACCUCAGUUCUCUCAUGGUGACGGUGACGGAGGAGCACAUGCCCUUCUGGCAGUUCUUCGUGAGACUCUGUGGCAUUGUUGGAGGCAUCUUCUCAACAACAGGCAUGCUACAUGGAAUUGGGAAGUUUAUAGUCGAGCUCAUCUGCUGCCGUUUCCGGCUUGGCUCCUACAAACCUGUCAGUUCUGUCCCCUUUGAAGAUGGCCACACAGACAACCACUUACCUCUUCUAGAAAACAACACACAUUAACGUCUCCCAAGGGAAGGAGAGAAACGUUUGCCUGAAACAGAGAAACCUUUUUUUUUAAAUAAUAAAAUAUUGUGCAAUAUACUCAAAGAAAAGAUGAAUGAGAAGCAGGAAUCACACCCAGGAAGAAAAAAGAGAGAGAACCCCCAAACUGAAGUCCUUUUUGUGUUGUGUCUGUUGCACGUGUCCUGGAAGAAUGUGUCUGAGUGGAGACAGUGCCAUGGGGUACUGAUCUGAGGAGGAACUUUCUGAAGUUGGCACGGCAAAGGCCGAAACCAGACCUCACUUCCGAGUGAGAAGAAGCCGAAGGCCAGCCGCUGAGCCACAUCUGGAGGGAGUAGGCACUGAGGCGUGCGAGUGUUCGCGUACUUUGUUUUUAAAUGAUGUCAGAAUAAAAUAUGUGAAACAGA